UUUUUCGUUUUACUAAAAAGCGAAGGUAUUUACACUCUAGAAUGUGCUGCUAACGAAAGUAUUGAUAAUCGAUAUGGUUUAAAAAUAAAUUAAUGCCAAUUUUAAACUGUUCGAGAUAUUAGGAAUAAAAACCGUUUUAAUGCUGUACUAUAAUUGAUACGCUUAACGUUGUUUUGUAAAAAAUCUGUUUGCGCGAAUGACAGCUCAGAUUAUAUAACGCUGUCUUUUGAUUGGUUCACAGAAUUCGUCGUUUUUGUAUAUUAACUAGAUGUUUCAUCCCAUCAUCAUUCAGUUUAUCAUACUUGUUCCUGUGUUAGUACGUUUGUUCCGUGAAAUCAAGAAUCAUGUCUGGUCGUGGUAAAGGUGGCAAAGUGAAGGGAAAGUCAAAGACCCGUUCGUCUCGUGCCGGAUUACAGUUCCCGGUUGGUCGUAUCCACAGACUGCUCCGCAAAGGAAACUAUGCUGAACGUGUCGGAGGUGGUGCUCCAGUCUACCUGGCCGCUGUCAUGGAAUACUUGGCUGCCGAAGUCUUGGAAUUGGCAGGCAAUGCCGCUCGUGACAACAAGAAAACUCGUAUCAUCCCGAGACAUCUUCAAUUGGCCAUCAGAAACGAUGAAGAAUUGAACAAAUUGUUGUCCGGUGUCACCAUCGCUCAAGGAGGUGUGUUGCCGAACAUCCAAGCUGUUCUCUUGCCGAAGAAAACUGAGAAGAAAGCUUAAGUUGUUAAGCUUGGAAAUCCAAUUAAAACGGCCCUUUUCAGGGCCAAUAAUAAUAAUUUCUUCACUUUAUGUGUAAAAUGGUAAAGCGUUUAAAUUAUUGGAUUAUGCUAGUUCAACUGAUGUUCAGCUGAUAAGAUCCUUCAUUCAAUCGAACUUUCGAACAUUCUCUUGUUAAUCAUUGUUGAGCGAGAUAGAUCAAUGUUUUCGUUCGAUUCAAAGUAAUCAAACUCGUCAUAGAACAAUAAAGAUUAAUCUUUCGUCA